GUUUGAAUGAUGACAUCAACUACAAGCGACGCACCAAGGAAAGACCCUGAGCUGGAGCACGCUGACAGAUAUCUUUGUUAGCUAACGCUAGCUAACGGAUAGCUUACCCAUCGAACAGGAGUAUUUCCGAGCUAGGCUGAUUUGGUCUUUUUUCAUGCAAAGAACUGACGAUCGGUUUGACAUAUUUUUAAAAAUUUGUUAUAUGCUAGCUAGCUGUCCACAGUAACGUCGGAAAGAUGUCUGUCACAGAUAUGUUCAGCAACAUUCAAGGUUUCUUAAGUGCAGAUCAAGACAUCAGAGAGGACAUAAGAAAAGUCGUCCAAGUCUUGGAGCAGACUGCAAGAGAGAUUUUGACUGUGCUUCAAAGUGUUCAUCAACCAUCAGGCUUUAAAGACAUUCCUAGUAAAUGCUUGCGGGCGCGGGAAUUGUUCUCCACAGUGAGAAAUCACAUUGGAGAUCUGAAGACUAAGUUCCCAGCCGACCAGUACUACAGAUUUCACGAGCAUUGGAGGUUUGUCCUGCAGCGGGUGACUUUCCUGGCGGCUUUCGUGGUCUACCUGGAAAGUGAAUCCUUGGUGACGCGGGAGGAAGUGGCUCAGAUACUUGGCAUUGAAGUGGACAGAGAGAAAGGUUUUCACCUGGACAUUGAAGAUUACCUGGCUGGGGUUCUGAUCAUGGCCAGUGAGCUGUCCAGACUGGCGGUGAACAGCGUGACGUCCGGGGACUACGGCCGGCCCCUGCGCAUCUCCCGCUUCAUCAACGAGCUGGACUCGGGCUUCCGGCUGCUCAACCUGAAGAACGACCCGCUCCGCAAGCGCUACGACGGCCUCAAGUACGACGUCAAGAAGAUCGAGGAGGUGGUCUACGACCUGUCCAUCCGAGGCCUGACCAAGGACCCCGAGACGGGCGGGGACAAGUGAGGACGGGAAGAGGCGGGGGCCCCCGUCGAGACUGGGGCGGCGGAUGACCGGCCCGCCUGCCCGGACGAGACGUGCCUCGAGCGCCGGGCGCGUC